GUGCGCCCACACCCAACCUGCGCUGUCGCGGUGGAGAGAGGCAGCGCAGCCCUGCAGUGUUUGCAGUUCAUCGUCUACACAUUGCGGCUGUUUUCAGGAGAUCUUUGCGGCCUCAGCACACAGAGACAACCAGGCUGUCUGCAGCAUCUCCAGUGUAAACGAUUCCUUCCAUUCAUUCUACUGGCCGCACUGAGGCUUGUGCGCUCUGGUCCUAUUGGCAUCAUCCAUGUACUGUCAAUGUGGAUAGUGGCUUAGUGCAUCAUUUGACUAGAGAAGACACCCGAGUCGCACCAUGAGCAGCACCGUGUUUCAGCAGCAGGCUGUCCACAGCCCUUUGGAGCAGCAGAAGCAGAAGCAGAAGCAGGGUGGAGGAGGAGGAGGACCUGUCCCCUGUCACAACUGUGGGAAGCCCUGCAAAGGGGAGGCACUUCGAGUUCAGAACAAACACUUCCACAUCAAGUGCUUCGUCUGUAAAGUGUGUGGUAGUGAGCUGGCCCAGGGAGGUUUCUUCGUGCGGCAGGGUGAAUACAUCUGUACCCUGGACUACCAGCGGCUGUACGGGACUCGCUGCUUCAGCUGCCAGGAAUUCAUUGAGGGGGAGGUGGUAUCUGCCCUGGGCAAAACCUACCACCCCCGCUGUUUCGUCUGCACCUCUUGCAAGCAGCCGUUCCCAGCUGGUGACCGAGUAACAUUUAACGGGAAGGAAUGUAUCUGUCAAAAGUGUGCCCAGCCUCUCCCUGCCAGCAGCCCAGCACCCAUACAAGCUGUCCACAACUGCUGUGGGUGUGGGAAGGAGUUUAAAAAUGAACAGUCCCUUGUAGCACUGGACAAGCACUGGCACCUGGGCUGCUUCAAGUGUAAAGUCUGCAACAAGGUGCUCAAUGCUGAGUACAUCAGCAAGGAUGGGAUCCCCUUCUGUGAGAUGGACUACCACGCCAUGUUUGGCAUCCAGUGUGAGAGCUGCAAAAAGUAUAUCACUGGAAAAGUGCUCGAGGCUGGAGAGAAGCAUUACCACCCCACAUGUGCCCGCUGUGCCCGCUGUGAGCAGAUGUUUGCAGAGGGAGAAGAAAUGUAUCUGCAAGGAUCUUCUAUUUGGCAUCCUCCAUGCAGACAAGCAGCCAAGCAGGAGGAGAGGGGUAAGAAGCAGGUCCGGAUACAGCUCACUGAUGUCCCUGAGCAGCAGGUGACCCGGACUUCAUCUGAGAGCAUCACUUCAGCCCCAGCAUCCAGUGCCUCGGGCUCUCCCAGUAGAGUCAUUUAUGCCAAACUAGGGGAGGAGAUGCUGGACUACAAGGACCUAGCAGCCCUUCCAAAGACCAAGGCCAUCUAUAACAUAGACAGGCCUGACAUGCUGUCCUACUCUCCCUACAUCAGCUAUCCGUCAGAGGAGAGGCACUAUGGAGAGUCCCCCCAGCUGCUUUCUUCUACUCCUACUGAGGGUGAUGGGGAGAAGUCACCACGUCAGAGGAGGCCUUCCAGCCCCAGCUCCAACAGCUCCCUGGGUGGCUACGGACGUUACACCCCGUCCCGUUCCCCUCAGAAUUACAGUCGGCCAGGGUUCAAACAGGACCCCCUACCUGACCCUAAACCUAGGACAUCCCUGCAUCUCAGUUUACCUCCUCCUGACGGUAGUGAAAGUGGUCGGAGUACCCCCAGCUUAUCUACCUAUUCUGAUGGCAAAUCCCCCUCAUCUACUUCUACAUAUGUGGCCGCUCCCCGGCAUUUCCACAUACCAGAGAAUAUGGUCAAAGAUAAUAUCUAUAGAAAACCCCCCAUCUACAAACAGCAUGCAUCUAGAACAUCUUGGCAGGAUGGGGAAGAUAGCAAGAGGACCAGCUGGACAAUCUUGAAGAGUGAGAUGGACGGACAGAUGGGUCCAGAAGACCUUGACCCCUGCAAGUCCACUUGCAGUCUCCCCACUGAUACCUCUCAGCCUAAUUUCCCUUACAGUAAGUCUGCAUCUUUACCAGGAUAUGGAAGGAAUGGCAUCUACAAGGCUACUGAGAUGGUGGAGGAUGAGAUGGACCCAGACUCCCAGAGCUGGGGAGGCAUGAGAGAGUACAAGGUCUACCCUUAUGAAAUGCUGGCAGUGACACAUAGAGUGAAAGUAAAGCUUCCCAGAGAUGUAGAUCGCACCAGACUGGAGAGACACCUAUCUCCUGAGGACUUCCAGCAGGUUUUUGGCAUGACCCUGGAGCAGUUCGACCGCCUGGCUCUCUGGAAGAAGAAUGACCUGAAGAAGAAGGCGCGCCUUUUUUAGUGCCAAUCUCAACAUCUCAAGAAGCAUCUAUCCUUUUGGAGGGAGGCAGGAGAGUAACAGCAGCCCAUCUAAAAUCUCUAUAUAUGCACCGUCUUGAUACCCCUACUUUCCACCUGUAAAACGCCAUGCCAUCUGCCUGUAAUGCCACGGAGAAGCGCUCCAUGUGGGAACGGUUUCACAGUACUGAGGCAGCAUCUAUAGCUUUUUGUAUGCGAUGUGGUCUGAGCGUUUGACUGACAAGCUUACAGAAGAGGAUGAGGAGCUGUGCUUGCAUGGCCCGUGUUGAUGCUCCUCGCCUCCUAUGUGGUUUCUGUAUCCUCUAUUUCUCCUGCCCACUUUCAUACGCCAUUAUAAAAAAUAACAGCUUUUUCUAAUUCUCAUGCAGACCUUCCUCCAGGUCUCUGUGGUUCUGACUGGUUUAUGUAUGCUUUCUUUUACUCUGUCAAUCUUGACAUAUCACCUGUUUUUUAUCUGGAGUUUUUCCAUCUACAGCUAGUGUGUUCUCACUUUGCAAGGUAUAUCAUCUUGUCUGCCUCUACAUAUCAUCUGUUUGCUGCCCAGCCUGUUCUCUCUCAUGCCGUCUUCAUCUUUUUAAGUUGUUCUCCCUGCAGUGACUGACAUUUCCAAACCAGUUUUUUUUACAUCCUUGCCAUUACUUCAGGACAGUAGAGAGACCACAGACUUGUACAUACUCAGUGUUCAAGCAUGUCAAGGCCAAAGACAGGGAUAGGAAACUACACUUUAGCUUCUGAUCUUCUACUUCAAAAACUGUCAAAAAGCACCUUAUCAUAUGCUUUUGUUUUCCAUUUUCCUUCAUGCUCUUCUCAGUCAGAGACACUGGGAAAGACCUGCCAGAUUUGAUAAAUGUACCCUGAUACAUUUGAAUGAUGUCUCUUAUCUUACACAAGGCUCUUGAAGAUCAACAGGUUAGAUGAGCCAGGUCUGGACAGGGCCACAAGAUGACAGUGAAGCAUGCACAGAGGGAGGAAUAAAGAUGGAAGCGGGAAAAAUACAAUGCAGAAGGUUUUAGGGUGUGCAAAGGUGUCAAACAUUCAGCAUUAUCAGUGACAAAAGCUCAUAUAAAAAAGAAAUGAAAUUAUUUUUAUAAGCUAUUUUUCUUCUGGAAAGGUUCAUUACACUAAUCUUGAGAAAGCUGAAAGAAAACCUGAUUUCUGAUGCGUCACAGACCUUCAGCAACACCUAAUCCUAAGCAUAACAACGUCUUGCUUGAUUUAAAGCUCAAUACUAUAACUGUGUUAUAUCUUUUCAGCUAGAGGUUGAACUCUAUAUGUAUGUUGUUUGAAAGCAAUGUUGUGUACAGUUAAAGCUCCACAUUUAAGCUGAAGUCCAUCAGCUUUGCUUGAUUUUCUGAACCAUCGAUUUAUCAACUCACCAACUAACAUACUGCUAAAUGUAUGUGAAGAUUAUACUGGACAUAUACCAGAUAUAUUUGUCUGUAUACAAUCCAUGAUGUUUAACUCUUCAGGCAUGCAAGUGGAUGGGGAAAUGAGGUUUGCCAACUAACCUCAGAUUAGAAAUAUAUCAAAGCAUUAUCAUUAAUGUGGUUUGAUUAUUUUGUGGUUCAGCUAUAUGUCACAUGAAACGCCCAGGUCAGAUGCUUACAUUAGCUUGUGUUAGCUUAUUUAAUUACAUUAUUAAGGAAGAGAUUUUAUUUUGAAAUCUUGAUGUGUGGUGUUGAAUGAGUAGUAUCACCAAGCAGAGAGAGACAUAUCAAAUUUUAACUUAAUUCUGAGUGUCAAAUUACAUUUGUGCCCCCUGGAAGUAACACACUAACUAUUGUCAUAAAGUGUCAUGUCUUCUUCCUAAUAUCCAUCUGCUAUUAAAGUGCUUUAUCCAGAA